ACACAAUUGGCCAUAAAGCAUGCAACCCGUUCCUCAAACCGGGUUACCCAGUGCCAGCAUCGAUGGGUUGGCUGUGGGAUACCCAAGAUGUGCCUGGACUGAAGCCUUGCAGGGGUUGGCAGCCUGGUGUGAUUGGUAAGAGCGUGGCCAAAUUGAUGACAUUCAAAUGUCCACGCGGCGGCCCGGACAAAGACAAGAGUAAGAAGAAGAAGAAGAGAGGUCGCACGGCUGGCGCUAACAUGGGAGGGGGGGAUUCGGAGCCUGAUGAACCUUUGGAGCCUAAGCCGGCGCUGAAGGUUCAGAGGAAGGGAGACGUAUUCACUAUACAAGUAAACCCCCUGAAAGAUCUGACAGAAAUCAGCCCCAACGAAGAUCCCUACGUGGACUGCGACCCCAUGGUAUUCAAGAUCAUCAAGAAACGGAGUCCAGAGGAGCAGGCGAAGGUUGAAGCGAGGAAGAUGGUCAAAUUGAAGAAACAACGAGACGCUGAGAUCCGCAAAGCUCUCUCCGAAGCGGUCGAGGACAUCUGCAAAUGUGCCUACAUGGACGUUUUCUGCAACGACCUGAGUGCUAUAGACAAUGUCAUAGACAACUGUCCAGCGUUCAAAGAGCCUGAUUGUGUUUGUAAGAGUGAAUCUCUGAGUUCCUUAUCCAGCAAUGCAACUUGGGAUAUAGAGUAUACUCCUCCUUUUGGUUGUUUCGAUUUGACGCCAAAAAAAGCGAAAAACUUCAUCCAUGUGGAGACUCAAUACUUACCAGCUGAUGCUGGUAUAGUUGAAGUGCCGAAGAUCAGGUGUAAAAUGUCUUGCGCGUCAAUGAAGAAGAGGAAAUCUAAAUCCAAAAAGUAAUCGUGCAGCCCCUGUUGUUCUUGAGCGUUUUGGUUUUUGGCAUUUCCAAAUUCUUUUGUGUCGUGACUAAUAACCUUGGAUUUUAAGUGUAAUAUUUAAUUGUUACAAAUGUACGGUUUUUC